AGGUCGACUCAGCUGACCAACCUCUCGUGCGUUAUUACCACAGUCUACGGUUAUUACGGAGUGAAGCGCGUGCGCCUCAAGCUGGGAAAAUAACGCCAAUUUUUACCUUCUCACGAAACGUGACACUCAACAAUAUAUUGCAGAAAUAGAGCCUGGUAAUAUUUGAAAGAUGGCAGACACAGAGCAAAGGAGUCCACCUCCUCAGCCUCAGACUGGACCUAUGCAAUUCCUCUUGAGUAAUAAGCUGGAAACGGCUAUGUGGCUGUCACGGCUGUUCACCGUCUACUGCUCCAUAAUGUUCAUUCUGCCACUGCUUGGGCCUCAAGCAGCUAAUAACUUCUAUCAGAGAGCAUUGCUGGCAAACGCCUUGACCAGCGCUCUGCGUUUGCACCAGAGACUUCCUCACUUUCAGCUGAGCAGAGCCUUCCUGGCCCAGGCCUUACAGGAGGACAGCUGCCACUAUCUCCUCUACUCCCUCAUCCUAGUCAACUCCUACCCUAUCACAAUGAGCAUUUUUCCAGUGUUUCUCUUCUCACUUCUCCACGCCACCACCUACACUAAAAAAGUCCUAGAUACCAUAGGUCCAGACAGCCUUAUGUUUGUGAGGAACUUUUUGAACAAGCUCACAGCCAAUCAGCAGAACAUCCUAAAGUUUAUUGCUUGCAAUGAGAUCUUCUUGAUGCCAGCUACAGUCUUCAUGCUCUUCAGUGGUCAGGGCAGCUUGCUUCAGCCAUUCAUCUACUACAGGUUUCUCACUCUGCGCUAUUCCUCAAGACGUAACCCAUACUGUCGGACUCUGUUCACGGAGCUGAGGAUUUUAAUGGAGCAUUUUGUGAUGAAGCCCAGCUGUCCGGCCUUCUUCAGGAGGAUGUGCCUCAACAGCAUUGCCUUUAUUAGCCGCCUUGCUCCCACCGGUGUCUAACAUACACAAACUACUUCACACAGUUCACAGAUUGGGACAGUUUCAAGAUUGACUUACAAACAAGAUGGCCAGGUCUGAUAACUCAGAGGUGGAGGUCCUCUUCUGCAUGGAGGACUGCGCCCGCAUAUGUUUGGAGAGACUAUCAAUCUGACAGACUACAUCCAAAAAAAAAACAGCAAGAUGAUGUAUCUCUGUGGACAGUUGUCCGCUAAGGCGGUAGAACUGUUUAUAGGUCUUUAGAGCUUUUAUAUUCAUGUUGAUUUUCAGGGGGUAGAGAGGAGCCCUUGAGAUGUUUAAUCUUAACUGCUAGGGUAAAUAGGUAGAGCUCUUACUAGCUUGUCUUUCUAUUGAAAUAAUACCAUACUGAGAAAUCAUAUUUCAGCUGUGGGUAGGCUUGUUUGCUCUCUUGUUUGAUUCCAUUUUUUUUAUGUUCUUGCCAAGAUUUUUUUUUUGUUUUGUUGUUGUACUGGAUUACCUGAAAAAUCUUAAUGUACCUUGCUCUGAGCCUUUCCCAGUAGUUGACAAUGAUCUGAAUGCCAUGAAAGACUUUUCAUAUAUAACUGUCUUGAUGCCUUUUUCAUGUGAACAGAUGAUUUAGGUUUUAUCAAAUAAUCUGUGAUUCUCAUUGAUUACAUAGAGCCCUAUACUCAACUGUUCUUUGCCUUCUAUGUGAUUUAUGUUCAGGGCAUGUUGUAACUGAAUUUCAGAGUAUUUCAAUUAUUUGCUUGUUAUAUUUAUUGCAUCGGUUUAGAACUAUGGUCUGUGUAAACUAAUAAAAUGUUUUAAACUGUA